AUGGCCAUUGCAUUUCUCCAAGUAGCGUUGGCAGCAGGUUGCUUGGCCUUCAUUCAUCUUGUGAGCAACUACUUCGCAUCUGGCAUACGGAAGGUACCUGGGCCAUUCUUGGCAGGUCUCAGCAAUCUAUACCGCGUUUACAACGUUAGCAAGGGAAACAACCAAGCAUCCCUAAUUGCACUCCAUGAUGAGCUUGGCGACAACGUGCGGCUCGGUCCUCGCGUGGUGAGCAUUAGGAACCCCGCCGACAUCGCAAAGGUCUACAGCGUGAAGAAUGGAUUCCCAAAAAGCGGCUUCUACGCCGUUCAGCAGCAGCUUGUUGACGGAAAAGCGACCCAAACACUCUUUACGACGCUCAGUGAUGCCUUCCACGCCCGCAUCAGACGGCCCGUGGCCAAUGCCUACUCUAUGACGACCUUGACCGACUACGAGCCGCUCGUUGACUCAGCCAUUGUGUCGCUUCUAUCUGAACUCGAGAUUCGAUAUGCCAGUACCGGAGUACCGGUUUCUCUUUUCGAAUGGUUCCAGUUCUACGCCUUCGAUGUCAUCACUGAGCUCACUUGCGGCAGACCCUUCGGAUUCAUGCGGGAAGGACGUGACCUGGAAGGAAUCAUCGCGGCGUUGAACACGGCGAUGGAUUACAAUGCCAUCGUAGGGCAAGUCCCCUGGUUAGACCGUUGGCUCAAGAAAAAUCCGAUCAUCUGUCGUUUCAGUCGCUGCACUGGUCCGGUAGCUCUGUUUGCCAAUCGAAGGUUACAAGAGCGAUUGAUCGCAGAACAGAACCAAAAGCCUCAUGAACGUCAACUCAAUGGACCGAGCUUGGACUUUGUCCACAAAUUCUUCCGUGCCAAAGAGGCUCAUCCCGACAUUGUUAACGACGGCCAAGUUCUCUCCUACAUGAUCACAAACAUGUUUGCAGGUUCUGAUACGACAGCCAUUUCGUUACGUGCUAUUCUUUACUACACGACCAGGAGUCCUCGGGUCUAUUCCAAGCUCAUGGCCGAACUUGAUGAAGCCCGCGAUGAAGGUCGGCUGUCCAUUCCAGUAUCUUGGAAACAGAGCCAGCAGCUUACAUACCUGAUCGCCACUGUUUCUGAGGCAAUGCGACUUCACCCGGCGGUAGGCUUGAUACUCGAGCGUAUAGUGCCUGAGGGGGAAUGA